GAUGGGCAUCACCGACGGCUGUCCGUGUGCCGUCAUUAGCUUUUCAGCUGCAGACCCCUCGAAUAUGACUCGGAUCCACCUUUCAGACCACGCACAACAUGACGGACCCGUACCCUACUGACGCUUUCGAGGCCAAGACUCUUUCCCGGGAUCAGGUAGCAGCAUAUCUUGACCGGAUCAAGCUCCCUCACGCGCUUCUCGAUUCGCCGCCGUCGCUAGAGCUCCUAUCCAGCGUGUUCCUCGCUCAUCUCGAGCAGAUCCCAAAGGAUACGACCCCUCUCCACGUCUCGGAAGAGCAAUGGCGCGGCCCAUCAACCCCCAUCCAGCUCGGAAGCGCAUUCACUAGCAUGCCCCUGGGCGCAUUGGCCAUGGGCCGCAUCGUCGGCGAGAAGAAAGGCGCCUUCUGUUUCUCGAUCAACGCCACCUUCUCGGCCCUCCUCAGAUUCUGGGGAUUCGAUGUUUCCGAGGUCGCCAGCCGAUCUUACAAAGCCCUCGGCCAGGAUCCCAGGACGAAUGAAGCAGGGUGGAAAUGGGGCACAAUCACGCAUGGCUUCAUGAUCGUGGGGUGGGCUGGAUCGGCGGACAGAUACCUGGUCGAUGGGGCCUGGGGCCCAGCGAACCUGGCUAAGCCGAUCAAACUCACCACGGACCCGGCAGGCGAGACUAUCAUCGGCCUGAAUGAGUUCGAGGCAUACAAGCUUGUCCACGAGCCCCUGCCCUUGUCGCCCGGUGUUGCGCGGCCCAUCGACAGCAUGCCUGGUUACACGCUCUACCGACGCAUAGCACCGGUCGGCACUCCCCAUGUCCUCCCCAUCACCUCCGAGUCGCCUGGCUACUGGUCUCCUCUCUUCCACUUCCUGCUCCUCUCGGUCCCGCUCGCAGAUCUGAUGCUCUACCAUCACUUCUCCGCCACUCAUCAGCACGCAUCGUUCACCGCAUUCUGGCUCGUCACCCGCCUCAUUCCCGGAGGGAAGGGCGCCCGACGCUCGAUGAUGUAUGCCGAUAAGGAGGGGAUGCCACGUCGGGCCAAGGUCUACACGACUGGCGGGCCUGAAGCACAGGGCAGUGAGGAAGGCAGAGACGUUGAAUGGGUUGAGAUGCAGACUGGACCCAUGAAGGAUUAUCUCGCUAAAGAGUUCGGUUUUCAAUUCCAAGAAUCGUGAGAUUCAGGGUCAUCGGACUGGGACCCGGAAUCCAAAACUCGAGACCUAGCGCAACUAGAGAAUAUCAGCGCCUAAUUUAAACAGGAACGCUCGUUUCUCGUAUAUUGCCGUGUACUUGAAUGACUACAACCAGAAAAAGAAGUACCAACGAGACAAGAAUGCGCAUUACAC